AUGCAGUUUUCGACUGCAGCAAGUCCACAGUCAUUAUAUACUCCAAGCUGGAAGGUCGAGAGCAAGUAUUCAACCAGAGUGCUCACUGGAAACUGGGUGGAAGAGAGGAGGAAGUUCGUCAGAGACACUGACAAGACCCCCCAGAGCACCUACAGGAAAGGGUACGUCCCUCUCCUCGGCCACAGACCGGACCAGAUCUCUAGGUGGUAUGGAAAGAGGAGAAUCGAAGGGCUCCCGUACAAACACCUGAUCACCCACCACCAGGAGCCCUCGCACCGCUACCUGAUCAGCUCGUACGACGACCAUUACAACCGGCACAACUAUAACCCGGGCCUGCCCGCGCACCGCACUUGGAAUAGUCAUAAAUUGCUGUGGCUUCCAGAGAAAAACGACUUCCCCCUUCUCGCUCCCCCUACAAACUACGGACUCUAUGAGCAGCUGAAGCAGAGAUGGCUCACCCCCGAGGCUGGCCUGCGCAAGAGCACUUACACUUUGUCCUACCCGAGACCACAGCUGUGCGCUCUGUCCCGGCGGGAACACGCCAUCCCUGUCCCUCCCCCGCGCCUGCAGCCUGUCCCACGCUUCUGAGAACUGUCACCCCACCCACAGCGCAGGCAGAACCAACUGGAGACCUACUGUGCGAUUGGACCUGCCAGAGAGCAGGCAGCUGCAGAUACACCCCAAGUUUUAAAGGCAGCCCAUCGAGGGGCC